AGCGAAGCCAAUCUCAAACUAACCAGUCAUUCCAUCUCAACUACCUUGACCUCUCUCUCUCUCUCUCUCUCUUAGUCUCAUUCACCACACCAUGCUCUUCUCUGCAACUCUCUCACCUUCCACUCUUUCUUACUUCCCUCAAACACAACAAUUGCAUCUUCCUCGCACUCUCAAUCCCUAUCUCAAACCGAAAAGUUUCAGUCUUCAAUUUCAAUGCGCCCAAGCCUCCAGACGAACCCCUAAUUACCCUCAGGGCGGCGCAGAUAAUCUGGUUGAUGAUCCGCGCAACUGGAGCCGUUCGAUCAACUCCGAGGUCGACCGGCACUAUAAUUUCGAAGACGAUGAUGAAGACGAUGAGGAUGACGACGAUGAUGAAGAAGAAGAUAGGAGUUUGGAUUUAUUGGUGAGGUUUGUUCAGAAUAUGUUCAAGAAGGUCUCCAGGCGAGCCAGGAGGGCCGUACGAUCAGUUCUCCCCGUCUCAAUUCCCACCAAAUUGGUGGGGUUUUCUGUUAAUGGGGUGCUCAUGCUGGCAUUUUUAUGGGUCUUGAAGGCAUUUCUUGAGGUUGUUUGCACCCUUGGAAGUCUAGUGUUUGUAAGCAUCUUACUCAUCCGUGGGAUAUGGACUGGAGUAACCUACGUACAAGAAAACCGCAACCAGAAACUCCGCAAUUUUGAAGAUGAAAGCCGUCCGUGGACUGGCACACAGCCGGCAACCUGAUACUUCCACUCAAAGAAGAGAGUUGUUCAACUAUAAUCUCACACCAGAAUAGGAGGAGUAUACAAUAAACAAUAAAGGAGGACUACUUGAAAUCAAGGAUGAUGAGAAGAUAGCAUAAAAACCAUGGUUCUUGUCUGGAAAGAAUUAUAACUAUGAUGUAACUUCCUGCCUGAACAGGUACACAAGAUAUUCUUGUGAUUUUGAUUUAGCACCAUGUAUAAUAGCAUAGCAGGAUAAAAUUUUGUUAUACGUUUUGGGAAGGUGGGAUGAUGGUUGGGUUCCCCCUGUAUGAUACAUAUAAUGUCGACAGAAAUCCUGUCAAAAAUGAAAUUUUCCAUUGUGAGCUGCA